AUGAAGCUUAAUGAUGCGGUCUUGAAUGUGAAGACUUGUGACGAUGUUGCAAUAGGCGACAGUGCUCUGAAACUCAUUGAAAUGUUGGACACAUUAUUGGGGUGGAUGGACCUUUAUCCUCCUGAGGAGUCAAUGGAUCAAAGGUACGGGAAUAAGUCGUAUCGGAAAUGGUUCGAUCACUUGCAAAAUGAAAUGAGUAAUGUUAUAACGAAUCUUUUGCCGGACGACAUGAAGCCGGCAUCUGUGGAGUUAUGUCCUUAUCUUGGAGAAUCGUUCGGAAAUGCUACUCGUAUCGAUUAUGGGUCUGGCCACGAAUCAUGUUUUGCCAUUUUCCUUUUGUGUCUAUAUCGCAUUGGAUUUCUUACGGCCGCUGAUCACCAGGCAGUUGUGCUCCGAGUUUUCGUGAAAUAUAUACAUCUUUGUCGAUCCCUGCAGACAGUGUACAAAAUGGAACCAGCCGGCAGCCAAGGCGUGCACUCAAUAGACGAUUUUCAAUUCAUUCCUUUCCUCUGGGGAAGUGCCCAACUAGCUAACAACAAGUCAUUCGUUCCCGAAUCCUACCUGAAGGCAGCAACCGUCGAAGCCAAUGCGCAUAACUACCUCUUCUUCGACUGCGUGAAUUUUAUAAAUCAGACAAAAAGCGGUCCAUUCUAUCAGCACUCAAACCAGUUGUGGAACAUAUCCGCUGUACCGACGUGGACCAAAGUCAAUAGCGGCCUCUUCAAAAUGUAUGAAGGAGAGGUGUUGAAGAAAUUCCCAGUUGUGCAGCAUUUUCGAUUCGGUUCGCUCUUUUCAUUUGAGGAACGUCCGAAUGCGGGCCUUCCACCUUCUGAAACAACAGCAGAAGCAGCUUCUGCGAAGCCUGAGGCGGAGACUCACAUGGUUCCCCCUGCACAGCACGAUGUUGGUUCCCAUAUGCCUCCUCCAAAACACCCUGCUGUUAAUGCUCACUUGCCUCCUCACUCGCAUUUACCAAAAAUUGAAGAAUGA